AAAUGUCGGUACGGGUUUUGAAUCCCUCGAAUAUUUGUCAUAGUUUUAGGAACAACUUCCGGCCAAUGCAAAGUUUGCCAGGUGAUUGGAGAAUCAUUUGAGAAUCGUGCAUAUUGUCAACUGUGACAGUACAGCAUGUCCAGGGAAUUGUUGUUUCAACAUGAUAGAAUUGUUAUGGAGGGUGAGGGUGACCUACAUUCGGCACCCAAAAACUAUUCAUGGCGCUACGGUACAGAGGUUAGAGGCAGAUGACUUCCACAUGGUCUAGUGAUGACCUGUCCGCAGGAGCUAGCGGGAUGACCAAGGCAGAAGAGGACCCUGAUAGUCCAACCAAUGAUGAUCUAUCAAAUGAUGCGGAGGGAGUUUGGUCACCAGACAUCGAACAGAGCUUCCAGGAGGCACUUGCCAUUUACCCACCUUGUGGCAGAAGAAAAAUCAUCCUGUCAGAUGAGGGCAAGAUGUAUGGCCGAAAUGAAUUAAUAGCCAGAUAUAUCAAACUAAGAACUGGAAAAACCAGAACAAGGAAACAAGUGUCAUCUCACAUACAAGUGCUAGCCCGCCGAAAAGCCAAAGAGAUUCAGGCGCAACUCAAGGUACCGCAUACUAUUCCUAUGCAGGAUCAGGCAGCGAAGGACAAAGCCCUACAAAGCAUGGCCUCCAUGUCUUCUGCCCAAAUAGUGUCUGCUAGUGCUAUACACAACAAGGCCUUGGCACAGGGGCUUGGAAUCGUCCAAAAUAUGGGAGGGGUCAGGCCAUCCUACCCCUCCCCCGGGGGACCACAGUUUUGGCAUCAGAAUUCUCUGGGACCCCAAGCUGAUGUGAAGCCCCCUUUUGGUGCCUCAGGCUAUAUAGAUGCCAAGCCACCAAACUCCAUGAACAAUGAGAUGGUUGCCCCUGCGUGGCAAGGGCGCUCUAUAGCUGGGCCUAAGGUUCGCCUCGUCGAGUUCUCCGCUUUCCUGGAACAGCAGAGAGAUCCAGAUUCGUACAAUAAACAUCUAUUUGUCCACAUUGGUUCCAACCCUACAUAUUCUGACCCCAUGCUGGAGGCUAUUGACAUUCGACAGAUUUACGACAAAUUUCCGGAGAAAAAAGGUGGAUUGAAAGAACUGUAUGACAAAGGACCACAGUCAGCAUUCUUCCUCGUUAAGUUCUGGGCCGACAUCAACACAAACGUUCAGGAUGAGGCUGGAGCGUUUUAUGGGGUUACGAGUCAGUAUGAGAGUAAUGAAAAUAUGACCAUCACAUGUUCAACCAAAGUGUGUUCAUUUGGGAAACAGGUCGUAGAAAAGGUGGAGACGGAAUAUCCACGGUUUGAGAGUGGUCGUUUUGUAUACAGAAUCCACAGAUCUCCCAUGUGUGAAUACAUGAUCAAUUUCAUCCACAAACUUAAACACCUACCUGAAAAAUACAUGAUGAACAGUGUCCUUGAAAACUUCACAAUUCUACAGGUGGUCAGCAACAGAGAGACUCAAGAGACACUGUUAUGUACAGCCUAUGUGUUUGAGGUGUCGACUAGUGAACAUGGCGCCCAACACCACAUAUACAGACUGGUCAAGGACUGACCUCCUCAAGUGAUACUGACACUUAGUGAACAUUUCACUUUAACUACAGCAUUUAAGUGCAACAGUCUGCAAUGACUGCUUCAGAGUUGUCUCCUCUUGACUUCCUGUUGAGAAACAUAUCUGGAAAACAUUGCCUCAGAGUUAUUUCCUCGUUACUUCCUGUAGCUUUGAGAAACACAGUUAUCUGUCCUUAAAGAAGGGUCACAUGUGAGUGAAAGGUCACACAAGAGUGACAUGUGUUCAUACAUACCUUGUGCCCUCUGGGACAUAAUAGGAAGAGAAAUUUGGGUUGUAUCUCUGAUCCAAAGUCCAACAUCUGGACACUGUCGGAGCUCUUCAAACACCUGGAACAAAAAGCUACAUGGAGUUGUAUAAAGAAAUAUUUUAUCAAAGGUUGUAAAAUGUAAGCUGCAAGCAAAGUAGUUUUUUAUAGACAUACAGUUACACAAGUCUAGUUCUUGUGUAGGGAUAUGUUAUCAGUGAGGAAGUUCCUGCUUAGGGAUAUCUGACCCAUGAUGAAGUUCCUGUGUACGGAUAUCUGACCCAUGAUGGAAGUUCUUGUGUAAGGAUAUCUGACCAAUGAUCAAGUUCCUGUGUAAAGAUAUCUGACCUAUGAUGAAGUUCCUGUGUAAAGAUAUCUGACCUAUGAUGAAUUUCCUGCAUAAGGAUAUCUGACCGUGAUGAAGUUCCUGAGUAAAGAUAUCUGACUGUAAUGAAGUUCCUGCGUAAGGAUAUCUGACCGUGAUGAAGUUCCUGAGUAAAGAUGUCUGACCGUGAUGAAGUUCCUGCAUAAGGAUAUCUGACCCAUGAUAAAGUUCCUGUGUAAGGAUAUCUGAUGGUGAUGAAGUUUCUGCAUAUGGAUAUCUGACCCAUGAGGAAGUUCCUGCGUAAGGAUAUCUGACGGUGAUGAAGUUCCUGCGUAAGGAUAUCUGACCCAUGAGGAAGUUCCUACAUAAGGAUAUCUGACCGUGAUGAAGUUCCUGCAUAAAGAUAUCUGACUGUAAUGAAGUUCCUGCGUAAUGAUGUCUGACCAAGAUGAAGUUCCUGCGUAAGGAUAUCUGACCGUGAUGAAGUUCCUGCGUAAGGAUAUCUGACCGUGAUGACGUUUCUGCAUUGGGUGAUAGCUCUGAUGAGGAUCCAAUAGUUAUGUUGUGAUGCAAUAAUAUUACGCACAUGUAAUGUGUAAUGUCGCAAGAAGGCAACAUCUUUUUAUAACAUAUGGGCCCUGGUUGUUCAAAACAUUGCUCACUUAACUAUUUUUCCUAUUUCUAUAAAAUAUCAUUUUUAUUUCUACGAAACAAAAUUAAUUAUAUUGAAAGGAUACCUUAAGCAAUAACGAUUUAUUUUGUUAACUUAGAUAUUGUAUUUAUAAAUUUAUAAAUUCAUGUUUUUUGUGUUGUGAGGAAAGAUUUACUGCAAUAUUUCUGUUAUUCAUAAAGAUAGCCAGAGACCUUUUACUUCGAGUGAGUGAUGUUUUGAACAACUUGGCUCAGGUGAAUUAUAGACCUCCCACCAAUUUUAUAAAAUCAAAUAUAUAUUUUUGUUAGCAGUGAUUGUAUAGACGGCAUCAGAGGCCCAUGUUAUUGUAGUUUAUUUGUUAUUAUGAGAAUUAUUGCGUGAAUUAUAAAUACAUCAUUUGAAAUCAUAAAUAAUAAUGGUUACUUAUGCAUAUUGAGCAGUCACAAUGGGUUAUUGUUAUUUGAUUUGUUUAUGAGAGAGAAAAAUGUUAUUUUUAACAAAAUACGUUGGAUGUCGGUGCUUUAAAAAGAGGACUAUGUAAUGGUGAGAAAUAUUCACCUGUUAUUGAUCUCAGAUUUAUCAUAAUGUAUCGGAUCAUACCCCUAGUGUAGUAGAUUAAAGGUAUGGUAUACCGGACCACAACUUCCCAUCUCAUGGAAUUUUAAUAGGAAAAUGCAAAUACCUUUUUUCAUUGUAUUCAAUUGAUUGAAAUAGUAAUUUCUAUUAUUAUAUGUAGAGGAAUACAUUAAAAAACAUAAGAUACAUAUAUAGUUGAUUGACCGUACUUAAAUACAAAAAAGUGAAUAAUAAGGGAGUUGUGUUUUAUGCAUGAAAUGGGUUAACACUGGAUUGAAUGAUCGUUUUGUAGACAUGCAUAUGUUAUGAAAUGAAUAUCACAAUGAUAAUGCAUUUAUUGUAAAAAACGGAUUGAUGUGUUUAAAUACUGUCAUAAUAAGGUGAGUUUGUGGUCAGGUAUAUAUACUGUUAAUCACAUUGAUAUAGGUGUUCCAGUGCUGAUACAGGCAAUAAAGUCGUACACAAAAUACACAUUAUUUAGUGUAUUUAAUAAAUCAUUUACAUUUCUUAAAAAAAGCAAAGUAAAGAUCCUGUGAUUGAUAUUUCUCACAAGAAAAUAGAGUUAUUUUGUCUCCUCACUAGUCUGCACUGGUACUUUUUAACAUGACUUAAAUGUACAUGUAUAUCAUUCAUAAUAUUUAGUGGUUUCAGUAGACAGUGAAAGUUUGUUUGAGAUAAAAGUUUGUAAACAGAACAUUGUUAAGUCAUGGAUGCUAUAUAUAGUACCCACAAUUCUUUCAUAUUGUACAGUAUUAUAGCUAAAAACUUGUUACGAACCUCCUGGUCAGAAAUUCAUUGUUCAGUCAUAGUUCAUGAAAACAGAAUUAAUUCCUCCUUUUUUCAGUGUGGUGAAUGUUUUAAUCAAUGGUGUGGUGAAUAAUGAGGCUACACUGUAGCAGGGUAUGAUAACUGAGGACGUGAGACAUUUUUUAUAGUGAAACAUACAUUUUAUGCAAAAACCUUAAUAUUUUGAAAAAACCUUGAUGAUCUGAUUUUAAAAUGUUGAAAAAACCGACAUUAUGAACUAAAAAUGUUUUUUUAGUAUCAUAGUUUUGUUCAGCUCUGCCAUUGUUAUAUAACAUCAUUUUACCACUACAUGUCUGUCUUAAUCAUCCUGUAUUAUUCCUAAUGUAAUCCAUUUUAAAUUUGCUUGUCUUAAGGUGGGGUUUUUUAUUAAUCAUGAUUAUUAUGGAGAUCAAGCCAAAGGUGUCUUUUAUUUUAAAUUGUAAUUUUUGUUUCAAGGAAAUCUAUGACAUGAAGGAUAUCGAUGAAGUACUGCUUAUACCAAUAUCAUAUAUAUGCACUUUUUACUGGCUAAACCUGUUCUAAAUGUUUAUUCUUAAAUGAACAUAACUGAUGGAAAUUUUACCUUUCCUUUUGAUCUGUGUCUUACAACUGAUGAAUGCAACCCAACUUGAUACAUAUAGGUGUUGUGUGUGUACUGAGGAAUAUUGUAACUGCCUUAUGAAUAAUCCGCCCACCUGAUCACCCAGUAAAUAUAUAGCCUAUAUAUUUUAGAAAAAAGCUUUUUCAUAGCUAUAUGAGAAAAAUAGCAUUUUACAUUGUGUUGUCACUUAAAUAACCAAUUGAUACAUAGCAUGCAUUUUAACUUGAUAAUUGAUCAAUACACUACAUGUAUUGUAACUUGAUCAUUGAUCAAUACACUACAUGUAUUGUAACUUGAUCAUUGAUCAAUACACUACAUGUGUUAUAACUUGAUCAUUGAUCAAUACACCACAUGUAUUGUAACUUGAUCAUUGAUCAAUACACCACAUGUAUUGUAACUUGAUCAUUGAUCAAUACACUACAUGUAUUGUAACUUGAUCAUUGAUCAAUACACUACAUGUGUUGUAACUUGUUAAUUGAUCAAUACACUACAUGUAUUGUUACUUGAUCAUUGAUCAAUACACCACAUGUAUUGUAACAUGUUAAUUGAUCAAUACACCACAUGUAUUGUAACUUGAUCAUUGAUCAAUACACCACAUGUGUUGUAACUUGAUCAUUGAUCAAUACACUACCUAUAUUGUAACUUGAUCAUUGAUCAAUACACUACAUGUGUUGUAACUUGUUAACUGAUAGAUACAUGUAUUUUAACUUGAUGAACUUAUUGACCCCAAAACCCUGGCCACUAGAAUUAAUUCUUUUUCUUGAAGGUUGAUUUCUCAGAAGGUUUAUAUAUUUACUUAUUCACCCCUGAAGACACAUUUGAACCCUUCCAGUUCAAAGGUUUGAAUAGUUCAUUAUGAAAAACGUGGGGUGAUUGAGUUAAUGAUUGGUAUAACACGAGGGCUUUCUGUUGGCGUACUUUAUACUAUACAAGGUUGUAACCUGAUGUGUAAUAUUCUACAUAUCAUCUUAAUCUGAUUCUGACUACACAGACCUUUACCUCCAAAGUUGUAUAUACAUUUAUUAAUAAUCUGUUGUUGUGUUUUCCCUGCUUUUGAGUGAUUCUAGAUUGCAUGUUUCCCUAUCGGUAGAUAAAAAGUUCUCACUUUCACAGAAGGAUGUAAACAAAUAGACAACAACAUCUUAGAGAAAUGAAACAUUAUAGGUCAAGGUCAGGAAAAAAAUAAAAUACAAUACAAGUUAUGGAAUGUUAUUUAAUGAGAUCAUCUGACAAUGUUGUAGUUGUUUAUCUUAAUAUUGAAAUGUUAUUUUGUUAAUGAUGUCACAGGAAAUGUUUGUCCAGUCUUUGUAUGAAUGAGGUUCGUAAUGAUCCCAUUAGAAGAGUUAUUUUCCCCUGUACAUAUUGACUCUCAUUAUUGACUAGCUAUGAAUUGGAAUUUUUGUCAGAUUGUUAAUAUAUUAUGAUACAAUGAUCGUUGUUUGGUGCAUUUCACUCAUUUUCAUGGUUAAUCUUCAUAAGGAAUAUGUGUUUCACAUCUCUAUUGAUUCAUUUUAUUUAUGCAAAAUUUUGAGGAAAGUUCAAAUUAUUUUCAAGACAAAUUUUUGCAUCAUUAUGUAUUUGAGACACCAGAUGACUACAUUAUCAAAAGGACAUUUAGAAUGAAAUGUAGAUUAAACAAUUCUAAUAAACUAAAUUGAGGAAACAGAAGGGAAUGGCAGAAAUAUGCAAACCGUUACAAACAGAACUUUUUUAUCCAUAAAUGAUACCUAGAGAAAAAUACCUGGUAUGAUAAUUGAAAAUUGUUUUAUGCUUACCAUGUGUUUAUCAUGGCCCAAGUUGUUGUGAUCAUCUAGUGCCUUGUUUCACGGCCCUCCAUCCCGACGAGCUACAGUCACAAUACACUUUUCACCACUGUAGAUCAUAAUGGAAUCAUCCAAAGCAAUGCAUGGCAGAGUCUACUAAAGUUACAUUGGUGUGAAAGGUAUAAGUACCACAAUGUCCAGUGGUGGUAGUCAAAGUCUCAAAUAUUCUCAAUAAGUUGAUAAUGCAUGAUUUCAUUAAGAAGAUUGGUGUAAUAGGGGUGGGUAUGCGUAUCCUAUUUCACCCAGAAUACUUUACUGAGAAAAAUAAUGACAAAGUAGCACAAAUGAAAUGUACAAUUUUACAGAAUGAAAAUGCUAUGUAAAUGUGAGGGAAAUUUGUAGUUUUUGUAAGGUUGACAAGAGAUGUUUUAUGUAUUUUGAUUACAUAUAUGCAAUAGUUUUCACAGAGGCCAAAUACAAGAGUUUAUAAUCUAUUAACUGCUAACAGAUGAGAGAAUUAUAAAAAUAGUCUUACCAUUGAAAUAUUUAUAAGGAAUUACAGUGUAUUUAAUAUUUUGCUGUGAAAAUAAGCAAUACAUCCUUAGUUUCUUUCUGUAUAAUGCAAUUUUAAUGGUUUAAGUUGUAGAAGAAGAAAAGGUUUUGUAUGUGGACGUUUUUUAACAAACAUUGAUUUUAAAGUAAGUUGAUAACCGUUUUAAUAUGUUACUUAUGUGUUCUUAUUUCAUGGUUUCAUUUAUCUUAACAUACAAGUAUCUAAUGUAAAAUUGAUUUUGCAUGCUCUCUGAACUGCAUUGCAGUGUAAACCAUUAUUGAAGGGAAGUGACUCUAAUAUUAGAAAUGUCUUUAGGAAAAUAAUCUGUAAUCAAGACUUUUCUGAAACAGAACAAAGUUUUAGUGCUAUGGGAAGACAUGUGAUAUACAACCUUAAAUUGAUGCAGAUUUUCUUGCCUGUCUUUGUGAGCUACAUCUUUCUUUUAUUGAAAGUAAUGAUCACAGAUAUAACUUUGUUUUUUGUUUCCAUGGAUAGAUUUAUCUUUGUCUUUGAUAUAGGAUUCCAAAUUUGAAUGUCAUUUUGAAGAAGUCUGGCAUAGAGUUACAUUUCUGACGAGUACAUUGUUUAAUGCAGGGAAAUUUAUUUGUAGAACUAGGAACUGACAUUAAAGAUUUUUCUGUUUAAAGGAUAAUGUCAGAUAGAAACAUGAGGAAUUGACAAAACUGUCGGUGCUGAAUAAGAAUAUGCAAAUUGCUGUUUUGUAUUUCUGCUGUAAACCCAAUGCAUCUUUGUUUUUAAGAUACUGUUACCUGGAUAUUUUACUGGUUCAUGUAUAGAUAAUUCUUUGACAUUGAGAAAUGUUAUUCUUGAAUCAUUUAUUUAAGUAAUUUUAGAGUUCACUAGUGCAGACAAAACAAUAGAUACAUAUUUUUAGAUUGCUGGAAAUGGAAUUGGUUUAAUUUCAAGGGAUUUAUUAUUGCAUUCCCUUGAGAUUUCGUCUUUGUUGCAUCUGUAUUGACAUAAAAAGAAAAGAUUUUUAUACACGAAUAAAACAGUAACCAUUGUACUACUGAUAAUACCAUCUUAUCUAUAUAUUUUUAACCAAUGUAUAUUUCCUUGUGUGAAGUGGGGGUAUCUCUUUAAGAACUCUUCAAGAGCACACCUCGAUUCAGAUUUACUUUUAAUUAAAGAAUUAGAACUUUGCUUUUUUAUAUCUUAAAACAAACUUUUGUAACACUUUUCCUUGCAAAAUUUGUUCCCCUCUUAACCACUUUGGUUAAAUCAAUUGGUUUUUGGUUAAAUCAAUUGGUUUUUAAUAUGUUUAGCUGAGGUUUACACUUGUUCAUUUCACUGUCAAUCUACUAAAUAAUAUGUACAUACCUAUCUGAGGUAUAAACACUGCUUAUGACACCUGUUUCCACAAGAAUGUGUGGAUUUCUCUGUUUAUGGUUGGAUAAAGUUUAUUUUUUAAUAUUUGAUGUUAGCUAUGAGUUUGUACAUUAGAUUUGAGAUGGCUUUGAUGCAGUUACCUCCCCUUAAUAUUCCCGGUUAUCUCCCCUGAUGUACCUGGUUGCCCCAAUUGUCCCCAUAGUCUAUUGUACAGGUCCAACUGAUCACCUUAUACUUUUUGAAUGGAGCUUUGUUUUUCUGCUAUACUUUUGUAUGAAAAACAAAAGAAGGUAAACUAAAGUAUUAAAAAUGAAAUAAUUUUA